CACUCCGGUCAGUUCUCAAGGCCUUGAACUCAGCCUCGCGCAUCGUAUUAUAGACUAUCAACUUUCCCUGGGAUUUCUCCUUUUCGCAAUGUUGUUCACCUACGACGGACAAUUCCCUAUGACAUCUUCUCAUUAUGGCCGAACUAGCAGCCAGCAUCAUCGGCAUCGUCUCUGCAGGCACCAAGGUCACUCUUGUGCUCUCUCAGCUCGCAGCAGAUGUUGGCUCGGCGGCCAAGGAGGCGAGGAUGAUAGCCAGCGAGAUUCGCACGUUCUGUGCAGUCGUACAGACGCUGGGGGAUACUCUGGCCAAAGUGCAGAAUUCAAAAUACUUUGCGCAUUGUAUUGAGAUGACGAAAGACAUGACCGAUGCCUCGUUGGAGAUGUUCACAGAAAUUCUAAAGGCAUCCGAGGACAUGCUCAAAAUUUCAAAAGGCAAGGAUGGCAAGUUUGGGCUCAAGGGCAGGGUGCAGUGGGCCAUAUUCGAGAAGCCGAAAAUCACCCUCCUCAGAGCUGCACUUGAAGCCUACAAGUCGAAUCUAGCGCUGAUGCUUGGGACCUUGAAUACUGCGGAAAAAGUGACUAGAAGAAUGUCUCUUCAAAUUACUCCUGAUGUAAUUGCUGAGGAUGAGAGAGAUAGAGCACUCCUGCAGAGUCUUGAGAAUGAGCAUCGGGCUUCUUUAAUUGACGUCAACGAAGUGCAUCGACAGUUGAAGGAGGAUGCCGACCGAAAUCCUGAAGAGGUGGAUCUUUCAGCGGACCAUUCGAGCGAUACGGAACCACCUAGUGACGCAGCGGACGUCGGUUUCGCCCCUCUCAAUGAUUCCUCUACGGACAGCCUGUUGGAAUCCGCACUCCUCGAGAUUGCCUCCAUCCGAACUAGUCUUUCAAGAGCUUCCGCUUUUGACAGCGAUGUUGUGCAAGAACAGAUAUCGCGAUAUAGCAAGAGUUUAUCCCAACUGAUGUCCGAGGAUCAGCAUAGGCUAAGCCAGCGUUGGUCUUCCGUCCUUGCUCCGGAAUUUGCGAAACAAGGAACGCCCACCCUGCCCAGCCAUCUGGAUCCUAGGCGCACCUCCUUCUGGACGUUCACAUCCUCGUUAGCUGAGCGCAAUCCACAGUCGACAUACUCCGACAAAAGCCCCCAGUUGCCGCGGACUCCGAUGCCUCACGUGCCAACCGUUUCGGCGAACGUCUCUCAACCAGCACUUCCAGGUCUGCCAUCUCCUGCCUUGAGCAGCGACCGGAGAUUAAGCAUCCUAUCUGACAGUUUCUACGAUAUCGUGCGCACCUGGCUUAUGGAGAAACCUAUGAAUGAUCGCAGAAUAAUCGUAGGAACGUUGAUGAACGAAGUGUGCACCGUCACCCCCAAGUCGCCCGGGACCAAUAUUUUCCCCCAACAGGUUCGCUCUCCUUCGCAAGAUGCAAGGAUCGAUCGUAAGAAAUCUAAAGAAAUCGAUCUGGUUGUGCAGCAGCAAAUGAAAGAUUUCUCCGAACGUACCGAAGCCGAGGGGGCAACUGAUUCGACUCCGAUGCGCGAUCUUCCCGGUUUAACGAUCGACCUGGGUCAUCUGCAGAUGGACUCCUUACCACAGCACAUUGUCGAUGUCAUCCACCGAGCUGUUGAGAGACUAUCUCUCUCCAGUAACCGUUUCAACCGACUACCAGAAAGUAUAACAAUGUGUCAAACGUUACGUUACCUGAAUCUUCGGGAUAACCGCUUCGAAGCUGUGCCACCGCCCGUCCUGGAGCUCCCUUUGCUAGAGAUACUAGAUAUGUCAAAGAAUAGGCUGACGGCUAUACCUGAGACGAUAUCGAAACUGCGACAAUUGAAGGUCCUUGCAGUGUCGAAGAAUAGCAUCACGCGCCUACCGUACGCUCUGGUGGGCAUGGACCAGCUGAUAAUAUUGAAGUUCGACAAGAACCCGAUAGAGUUUCCUCCACUAGCGGGACUGGAGGCUUGGAUGAGGUCUCGUGCGUCUUCGCGGACAUAUAAAAAUGACGACCAUAAGACAAUGGACAGGACAGCGUGCGUGAAAAUGUAUAUCCGGGCCUUGAAGGAUCUUGAUACAUGUAAGCGAUGUCCUCAAUAUUCCGUACCCAAACUUGUUGGGGACAGGACGGUGUUCCGAACCGCAUCUUCAGGCCCCGGGUUUUCAGCUAAUGCUAACGUAAUAUAGCUCCUGGUGAAGAAGACAACUUUCGGGAACAUCCCGUGUACGGGACUCGCCCUUCCAGAUAUCCCGUCGUACCGUCAACGCUAGCAGCGGCGUCCGCUCCCUGGAGUAAGGACAACAAUGUCGAGAGGAGUCCAAAGUACGAUCGUCAUUUGCCGUCUCUGUCCCCGAUUUGGGGGCCGGAUGCUGAGGUGCAGGAUUCCAAUAUCCAGUCCAUUUCGACCACGUCGCCUUCCACUCACCUGACAAAACUGGCAAGUGCUGAAAAUAUCACAAAGACAGCAGAUGUACCUCAAGUACCGGCAUCCCGGCAAUUAGGAACAGUCACUAUCUCUGCAUCAGGGUCGCCGUCCCCAGUUAAGCUGUCUGCCCACCGUCUUUAUCACUUUUUUUCAGCACCCUCGCAACCAUGAUCGGCACAUAUUAUGUACUACUAACCUUGUUUAAUUCUCUACUUUAUGGUAU